AUGUUAUAUAUCUUACUUCUAACACUGAUUCUAACCGAUAUAUGUGGCUGUGAUAAGUCGCCAUCAAUAAACACAAUAACUAUUUCUUUGAAUGUGCAGAGAUAUGAUCAAGAAAGUGGAGAUUUAUUUGGACGAAUUCAGCUGAUUUUCCCGUUAGAAUUACUUGCAAAAAAUGAAACACCACUACUCUCAGUAACAUUAAUUGACAAAUUUACAAGUAAUGAAAAUACAUUUACAAUAACAAAGGGAAAACAAAUUCUUAAAAUUGAUUCCGUAUACGAAGCAGUGUAUUAUGAAGAAAUAAAGUAUCCAUUCGAUCAGACCAUUAUACUUCUAGGAUUCGAAAUACAAGAAGAUAUCACACAGCUACCAGUGUCUUUUAAUUGUACAUGUAAUGUUGAUAAUAUGAGCAUAAGAAUCAUAAGCACGGAUAAGUCUACAAGAUAUUAUGCAGAAAAACAAUUAGUAUUAACACGUGCAAUAUCUGUUAAGGUAUUUGCGUUAUUUACAACAUUAAUGUUUGUUAUCGUCGCAGUAAUGAUGAUCAUAUUAACAAGAAGAAUUAUUCAAUCAACUCAAGCCCCGCACAUGGGAACAUUGGGUUUAAUUGGAGCGUUACUAUUUGCUUUACCAGCAGUUCGUAGUAUACAAUCACUCGUACCACCGUUCGGUAUCAUAAUUGAUUAUGUUGGAUUUUAUAUUGCUGAAUUUACAUGCAUGAUUGCUUUGCUAACUGGCCUCGCUAUGUGGAUUAAUCGCCGACCAUUAACAAACUUAGAAGAUUAA